UCCCAGGCCAUGAGGUGGUUUCCAUAUCAAUACACUCGCACCUACAGCGCCUGUCUCACACUGUGUUACUUCAACCCUGCAUCUUCUCGUUCAAUUCUCGGAUCACAAUCCCCAGCUUCUAGUAUGUCGGACUUCAAUUCUCAGUCGGGGUGGUACCAGCCCAACGAUCGGCCCAUCGGAUAUGAUUGGACGGUCAUGGUACCUCAGGACGAGUCCACAUCCAUGGAACAGCGAGGUUUCGGUUCAAUCAAUCCCGCUUGGAACAAUACAUCUAUGGGAGCGUUCACAGCACCGGUUCCUCUGGGGACCGUUCCACCCUCGGCGACCUCUGAUAUAGGCUUUGUACCCGGUUCAGUCAGUCAGACUUUCCUCGGAAGGAUACCAAUUGUCAACAGGGGAUCACUUCCAACAAUUGAUGGUGAUAGUGAAGUAGUGUUGGGCGGUCGUUCAAAGACUGUUGGUAUUCAGGCGAUGCAGACGCCUGUCGAUCGUGCCAUGUCCAACGCCGAAAGACGCGACGGUCGAGCAAAUCUCUCUCCUGAAAGGUACCUUGCUUCUCAGCCAGAUUUUGCAUGUUGUGUCUUUCUAACGGUGCAUGUAGAGGGGAUGCGGGUCAGCCGCUGAGAUGCGAAUGGGAUGGCUGCUAUGUCGAGUUCGGUCGAAGGGCGGAGUUAAAGCGACACGUUGAUACGCUGCACAUCUCUCCAUCUUCCCACAAGUGUCCAAAGCCGGGGUGCAAAAAGUCAUGCAGUCGACGAGACAAUCUGAAGGUGCAUGUACGAAGAGUGCAUGGUCAGAAUAUUUGAUUCGCAGAUUUCGGCCGUACUAGGUCUUCCUGUCCGAUUUAGCCUUCUUCGGCUGUUUGGUUAUCAUCUUGUUUCGCUUCUUUUUGUUUAUUUGUUUUGUUUUGUUCUCCAUUUUUGUGUCGGGUCUCAUUAUGGAAUCAUGAAGAGCGUCAGCAGGGUGAAU